UUGUCUCAAAAGUUGAAAUUCAUCUUCCAUUUUCUCCUCCAUAUUUCACUCCUCAUCAAAACAUCCCAAGAAACCACUUUUUCUCUCCCAGAACAAAAAAAUAAAUACCAAAAAAUAAAAAGAAAAGAAAAAUCCAUGGCCUUGAGCAACAAUGUAAUCGGAGCCAUAAACUUCGUCGCCAUGCUACUAUCCAUCCCGAUAAUCGGGGCCGGAGUCUGGUUAGCGACAGAAGCAGACAACUCAUGCGUGAAAAUACUACAAUAUCCGGUCAUCGUUAUCGGAGUACUUAUCCUCGUUGUGGCUAUUGCCGGAUUUAUCGGAGGGUUUUGGAGAAUCUCGUGGCUGCUAAUAUUCUACCUAAUUGCCAUGCUUGUUCUAAUAAUACUUCUUGCAUGCUUAGUUGGGUUCAUAUACAUGGUGACCGUUAACGGGUCGGGUCAUCCUGCCCCGAGUAGAGCUUAUUUGGAGUACGAUCUUGAUAGCUACUCGGGUUGGCUACGAAGAAGGGUACAGAGUUCUUACAAGUGGGAUAGAAUCCGGGCUUGUCUGAGCUCGUCGAGUAUGUGCGCCGAGUUGAACCAGAGCUAUCGCAUGGCUCAGGAUUUUUUCGACGCUCAUAUCACUCCCUUGCAGUCAGGAUGCUGUAAACCACCAACGGAAUGCGGGCACACAUUUGUGAGCCCAACAUAUUGGAUAAGCCCGAUAAACGCAGCGGCAGAUACCGACUGCUUACAGUGGAGCAACGAACAGACGAAUCUCUGCUACUCGUGCAAUUCAUGCAAGGCUGGUUUACUAGCCAACCUCAAGAGAGAAUGGAGAACGGCUGAUAUUAUUUUGAUCGUAACUCUUGUCGCUUUGAUUUCGGUUUACGUCAUCGGAUGCUGUGCUUUUCGGAACGCCAAGACCGACGAGCUUUUUAGGAAAUAUAAGCAAGGUAAUAAUCCAUACAACUAAAAUUUCUUUCUUUCAUUUCAUUAUUAGUUAUUAAACCCUAGAUAAAUUAAUUGAUGUGGGGUUGUAAUUUGGUUUUGGCUUGGUUUGGAGUUCAUUUUUUUUCUUCUGUUUUGUGGAACACUUUUUGACCUACUUACACAUUAUAUUAAUGGUAUUGUUAAGUAUUUUAUUUAA